UUAUGACGUAUUGGACUCUCGACUACUUUAAACUAAAGAAUGAUGCGUGAUGCAUUUAUAUUUAUGUGAACUGGUUACUUGUCAGGGUACCCUUAUUCUUUACUCCCUCGAAAUUGAAUAUUUUGCAUUGUUACAGGUUGUUUAUAAAAUACCAAGUAAAAUAUGAGCACCUCAUUCCUCGAAGAAUCGAGUGGCUUUCAUUUUUAUAAACAGUGUACAUUCAAACUCUACAAUCCUGGUUGGUCAAAUGCACAACUUUGUAAAACACCCACUGACAUCCAUCUACAUCAGUUACUCUGGAUCGAGAGAAACGCAUAACUUGCAAAAUAGCAUUGUAUAAAAGCAAAUAAAAAUGAUUCAGGCUAAAACAAGCUGCGAUCUCAGUAGUGAUUGCUGUUGCACAUGGGGAGGGUUGACUUUCAGAUGACAUUGGCGCAAUGUAGACGAGACUUGUACCACUGGAUUGGUGUUACAUACAGCGUUACAGUCUGAUGGUAUUACACCGUGGCUCUUGGCGAAAUAGCUCUUGGCAGUGCUGUGAUUAUUUCAGUACAAGUGUUCUCUGGACAGCUCCGCUUUGACGGAUUCAGUGCUCAAGUUCCUUUUACAACGGCACGGCAUAAUAAGCUUUUGGACAGGGUUUUGCUGAAUCUUUCCUCCUCCAACAGGAAUACUGAUGUCUGAAGGCUUCUUUGGAAUCACAUAAUCUAUUUUUUCUUCCGUUGUGAAACUUGUAGUUUAAUUGAUUUAACUAGUUGAUUUGUUUGAAAAGUGUCUGGAUCAGUAAAGAGCUAUCAGUCUAAGGAAAAUUUGUUCUAACGUGUCCAGGAACCAUAAAGCCGCGAAGCUGCUGUCCACGUGGACUGGUGCUGAAAUCCUCCGUCCGCUUGCCAAACACUCUGUACUUAAAUCCAGAGAUAUGGCGACGAAUGGAGCCAAAGUCUCAGACGGGCAGAUAUCCACUGAGCUCAGCGAUAUACCAACCACAAACGAUAAGCCAAAAACGUUGGUAGUAAAGGUUAAGAAAAAUAAAAGUGCAAUUCCUGAUAGAGAGACGUGGAAAGGCAGAUUCGAUUUCCUGCUGUCCUGUGUCGGGUAUGCCAUCGGUCUGGGAAAUGUGUGGAGGUUUCCUUAUCUAUGUGGUAAAAACGGUGGAGGUGCUUUUUUGAUUCCAUAUUUUCUAACUCUUAUUUUCGCUGGCGUCCCCUUGUUUAUUCUGGAAUGUGCGCUUGGACAGUAUACCUCAAUCGGGGGCCUAGGUGUAUGGAAGCUGGCCCCUAUGUUCAAAGGUGUGGGCCUGGCUGCUGCUAUGCUGUCUUUUUGGCUGAAUAUAUAUUACAUUGUAAUUAUAGCCUGGGCAAUUUAUUACCUGUACAACUCGUUUGGCAGUGACCUGCCCUGGAGGAACUGUGGCAACUUGUGGAAUACAGAAAGAUGUUUUUCAAACUACAGCAUCGCAAAUACCACAAAUAUGACGAGUGCGGUUGUUGAAUUUUGGGAACGCAACAUGCAUCAAAUGACUGAUGGACUAGAAAAACCGGGUCAGAUUCGUUGGCCUCUAGCUAUUACAUUAGGAAUUGCCUGGGUGCUUGUAUACUUCUGCAUAUGGAAAGGCGUUGGUUGGACCGGAAAGGUAGUUUACUUCUCUGCAACGUACCCUUACUUUAUGCUGCUUAUCUUAUUUUUCCGUGGAGUGACACUUCCUGGAGCUAAAGAUGGCAUUUUAUUCUAUAUAACACCUGACUUCAGUAAACUUUCAGAUUCAGAGGUAUGGUUAGAUGCUGCCACACAGAUUUUCUUUUCUUAUGGUUUGGGGCUUGGUUCUCUAAUUGCUCUAGGAAGUUAUAACACAUUCCACAACAACAUUUACAGAGACUCUAUCAUUGUCUGUUGCAUCAAUUCCACUACAAGUAUGUUUGCCGGGUUUGUCAUCUUCUCUAUAGUUGGUUUUAUGGCUCAUGUCACAAAGAAGCCAAUUGCAGAUGUAGCAGCAUCAGGUCCUGGUUUAGCAUUCUUGGCUUACCCUGAAGCUGUUACGCAGCUGCCUGUAUCACCGUUGUGGUCUAUAUUGUUCUUCUCCAUGUUGAUUAUGCUUGGGAUUGACAGCCAGUUUUGCACAGUUGAAGGCUUCAUAACUGCACUUAUAGAUGAAUUUCCAAGACUAUUACGUGGAAGAAGGGAAAUCUUCAUUGCUGUUGUUUGCAUUGUGUCAUACCUUAUAGGAUUGUCUACAAUUACUCAGGGAGGACUAUAUGUGUUCAAAUUGUUUGAUUACUAUUCAGCAAGUGGUAUGAGUCUGCUAUUUCUCAUGUUCUUCGAGUGCAUCUCCAUAUCCUGGUGCUAUGGUGUCAAUCGAUUUUAUGACAAUAUACAAGAGAUGGUUGGCUACAGACCCUGUGUCUGGUGGAAAGUGUGCUGGUCUUUCUGCACUCCCAUUGUAGUAGGUGGUGUGUUUCUUUUUAGUGCAGUACAAAUGACACCUCUUACAAUGGGACAUUAUGUCUUCCCAAAGUGGGGUCAAGGUGUUGGAUGGUUUAUGGCUCUGUCUUCAAUGAUACUAAUCCCUAGCUACAUGGCAUACAUGUUUCUCACUUCAAAGGGUUCUUUAAAACAGCGUCUGCGUAUAAUGACUCAGCCAUCGCAGGAGACUCAGCAGCAAGAAAGUGUACAAGAGCAAGCUGAUCACGCCAAUCCUGUUAACGAGGAAGCUUACAUAUAAAAUGCAUUAGUAAUCAUAGCUGUGCACAGACGUGUCUGAUACACAAAACACAGUGUUGGAUGGAAAUGAUCAUGGAGAUGUUGAGAAUUUGUUUACCUACCUCCCAAGGCAAGGUGUGACUAACAUCAGCGCAUGCCAAUUAUCCUGUGGGUUAUUUCAGUAAAGUUAACUAGAUUCCUAAGACAUUACUGUGCUGUUGUAAUUUUCAGGCAAAACACAGACUGUUAAAAUUUCAGAAUGAAAGUUGAAUAUUUUACAGUUUUGUAAAGUAAUGUGACAGUGUUUUAGCUCCAGUUUAGCAUGAUGAUAAAUGUUUCAUCUAGCCUAGGAAUGUGUAAUUAUGCUUCAGCUCUCAUUCCAGUGAAAAUAUAAGACUGUUAAUUUGGGGAAAACUACAGCGUCUCUAUUACCUAACAGUGAUGUUUUAUAUACAAUGAUUUUUUUCUUAUGCAAAAGUAUACUUCUUUUGAGAUAUUUUACCCAUAAUUGCAGCAAAUAUAGUUAAAUGGCCUUCUAAAUACAAUGUUUUGUAAGUAUUGAAUUAUAAGCACAACAGAAUUAAGAAUCCAUCAAAAACAUUUGCAUUAAUUCAACAACAUUUUGAAAGGUCUUCAUAAAUUGGGGACAUUCUUACCAAAUGCAACUUACGUCAUGAGUAUAGCGUGUAUUCUACUUUAUUGUAUAUUUUCCUUGCCAUAGAAGCUGUAUAAACAGCAUACCAUGAGCAGACUGUUACUGUUUCAGUGACAUAUGUUUUACAUGUAUACUGUAGUGAAAUAGUAAGGCAAGUAAGUCACUGUCAGUUAAUAAGCAUGCAACACACUUCUUCUGUAACAGGAUGUUACUAUAUGCCAGCUAAAAUUAUCACUGCCAGAAUAUUACUACUAAAAGUCAGUCACUGCCAUAGUUAAAAGCGAAACACUAUUUUUAAAUCAGAAGUUUAAUCUUAUUUAUUUAGCCGAUCUGCAUUUAAAUAUGAUACAAGGCCUUAUGUCAGGCAUUAUUAAAUUUACUCAGGGCCUACCCAUAGGAUUAGAAGGAGAGUUACUGUCUACAAAGUAAGUGAUCUGGGUUCUGUUGCAACCCAUAUGAUGAAAGCCAGUAAGGAAUUGUUAUUGUGAUCAGCUAAUGGUCAACUACCCUUUGUAAAAUGAGGUAAUGGACAUUUUUGUCCAUUGUCAGCCAGACCCCUGUGUUGAAUAAUGUCAAGUCAGUGCAGUAGACACAGCCAUGAGUGAGAGAAGCUCAGGUAGAAAUCUCAAAGUGGGCUUUAAAAGGCACAUCACUUAAACAAAACACAUACUUUUCACCUAUUUUGACAUCAUUGCAUGAUACCUGGACAGUGUAGCAAUUAAAUGUCUUUAUAAGACUAUUAGCCUGACACUACAGUCACUCCUAGUGAAAAAGAAUAAAAAGUGGAGUUAUCAAAACACGCAACCCUCAAAAUUUUAGAUCAGCAUGGCAAGCAAGAUAAUGUACAGUCAUUCCAAGCCAUAGAAUAACAUCCAGAUAUCACCUAACUCAUACUAGACUGCAGAAAUUAAAAAUAACCAGCAAAGUCUUUCUUUACUAAUAACACAUAUUUUGAUUUGCUGUCACUAUGGCAAACAAUAAUAUUUUUAGUUUAUAUAU